CGACAAAGAGCACAGCGUGAAAGCCUUCUCGGGCCUCGGGGUUUCUCAGUGGGUCUUAACGUUACUGCCCGCUCGGCAGCAUCGAAGGGCACGCAGGCCCGACUUUCAUUCACCACACACUUAUACUGUACAUUUAUACUACGUAUAUAACAAUGAACAUAAUAGUGCCCAUAAGUGUCAAUAUCUGGAAUCAUCAAAUUUUUGCGUUUAUCACGACUCACUCGGCAUGUCGGGCUACUUGAAACUUUCGUCUCGCAUCAUCUUAAAUUUGUAACAAGAAGAAAGAAUGACGCCACGCACGCAGAGAGCCGAAAUGUUUUACGAGAUCCCUCCUACGGUACGAUUGAUGUCAUUUAAGAAUGUACCGUAUAAUGUAAUUAUCGAUGAGGUAGAUGAAGUAGAUAGUCUCGAUUAUCGAUACGAGCUUAUCAGAAUACAAAGCUUCAAAAAUUGGCCCGUGCCAUAUAUGAAACCCGAGAAACUCGCAGCAGCUGGUUUCUACUACACCGGAGAGCUCGAUAUUGUUAAAUGCUUUGAGUGUGGUACAGAGACGUACAAAUGGCAGGAGGGUGACGAACCCUUGGUGGAUCACAAAAGACAAUCUCCAACGUGCAGAUUUCUUCGCAAUAUCGUUUGUAAUAACAUAUCAGCCAGCGAGAUAGCCGAUAAUGUAUCGCCGAUUGUGUCGCCGUUAUUAGAAGGUCGAGAUGUCUGCGGGCCGUAUAAACACGAUCUUCUACCUGACUAUUAUAACCCGACCAACUCGUCAUCCACAUAUCCCAAGUAUCUGGAAUACAAACGUUAUGAGGUUCGCUUUCGUAGCUUCGAGCACUGGCCGACAUCGUUCAAACAGAAUCCAAAACAGCUGUCGCUCGCAGGAUUUUACUAUACAGGCAGAGGAGACCAGGUGUUGUGUUUUCAUUGUGGCGUAGGAGUGAAAGAUUGGGAACCCAAUGACGAUCCUUGGGAACAACAUGCUAUUUGGUAUCCCAAUUGCAAUUAUUUACUCGAGGUUAAAGGACCAAAAUAUGUGGAGGAGAUCACAGGUCGAACUAUUUCUUCUAAAGAUACGGCAUCUUGUGUCGCGAAAGUGGAGCAAUCGGUAGACAAAAGAGGUGAAGCGAAACAUAUCAAGUUCGCCGAGGAGGAUCAUCUUCCUGGACCGAGUUCUCAGAGCUCCCGAUAUAGUGACGAUAGUGCCGUAGAAAGUAUGUCGAGUAAUAAUUCGUCGAUUAACGGCAGCAAUGAGAAUUUAUCCGACACGAAAACCGAAUCCUGCUCCAAGCCUAUCAGUGACACGAGAAUGUGUAAAAUUUGCUUCGACGCAGAGGUAUCCCAACUGUUUUUACCAUGCAGCCACUUGGUAACUUGUGUCAAUUGCGCCAAAUGCAUUAAGACUUGUCCCAUGUGCCGUGAGUUUGUAACUGGACAGAUGAAAGUAUUCUUCUCAUAAUAUAUUUCUCGCACAAUAUGUUCUCAGCCGUAACAUUUUCACGCUUCAAUAUUUAGAAUCGCACGAUCGAUCGAUAUUAAGAGACACGGUAACCGAGUACAUAUAGCAUACAUUAACAUUUAUUGAGUCGCGUCAUUUUCUUUCCGAAAUAUAAGUAAUCCGUCCAUUUCACGAAUAGAAGGAAACGAUAUUACCCAAUAUGAAUGCGAGGCAGUUUCUUUGCAAAAUAUUCAAGAUCUUUUUGAGUUUAAAUUCUCUUAGCGUGAAUAGCGUAUUCUAUUACGUCACUACGAUAAAUAAGGAGUUGUAAACGUUUUUCUAGUUUUACUUUUAUUUUUCCGAAAGUCGAAUAAUCGAUGGUUACACAAGUUUUCCUAAAGUAUUUUAACGGACUUGUGUAAGGAAAAUUUGCAAACUAGAAAUAACGUUAAUGGCUACAUUAACACACGUGUAUUAAUGUAGUCAUUAACACGAGUAGCAAUUAAUACGAGUCCUAGCUUUAUUGUUUUGUAGCUUUUAGAAGCAAAAAUUUCUUUAGAUAUUAAAAUCUUCACAUUAACUGCCGCAUCGAACUCAUAAGAUAUCGUAUUCUACGUUUUUGUUUGAUAUUAUUAUUAGACACAAUACAGAAGUACAUUUGGAGAAAGAGCAAGUUUUAACGUAUUAAUAUACUUACAUUGUAUGAAAGCAGAAAAUAAAACACGCGAGGACGGUAAGAACAAUAGAACGUGAACGCGUGGACAAUAAAACUAUAGUUGUAAAUACGGUCUCGACAUAAUCUGGUAUAACCUUAAGUAAACAAAAAGCGCUUAAAGGUCAAUCUUAAGGAAUGGGUCAAUUUAAAUACGAUAUAUUUUGAAGACUUUUGAUAUGUAUCUAAUGUCUUAAAAGCAAUAUAUUAGCAAUUUUAAUAGAUAUAUUUUUAAUAGGACAUCAUUCUGCUAAUUAAAAGUAAGAAAAAAUGAAAUAUAUUUUUGUAACAAAUAUUCUUGGAAAUGGAUGAAGCACAAACUGUAAUAACUAAAUAUAUUUUUGUGUAGCCGCUGUAUCAGAGAUUUAGUAUAUGCAAGACUGUCGCUUUUCUUUUUAAGCUGUAGAAUUGGGAAUAUCAGAUGCACGCGCGCAUACAUAUUCAUACAUAUAUACAUACAUACAUACAUAUAUAUAUAUAUACAUACAUACAUACA